AUGGCGCGAAGCCGGCCUUGCGGUCGGUCUAAGUCUGAUCACAGGGUCUGCCAGGCUGCUCGCUUUGCACGAGCUGCGGAGUAUAGGAAGCGCGUCGAAAUCAGUGCAGAAAGGCAAGCGUUUCUGAUCGCUGCUGUCAAUGCGCAGAGCGAUGACAUACCUGCCCCUGGCCGCCGGCGGUGCCAAAGGUCAGAGCGAUUGAAGAAUGAGGGGCAGCCUGCUCGUAAGGGUUUACUUGGCCGGCGCUUCACCGCUGCUGGCCAGAAAGCAAAGCGGCAGGAUCCGCGAGUACUCAAAGAUGUUUUAGAUUGCGUCGCGGAACACGACCCACAUGGCAUCCAUUGCUGCGAGUGCAAUACGGCCGCAGAGUUUGGGCUUCGUGGGAGCAAGAACGGAGGGAACGUCAGAUACUGUUGCGAGCGCCACGGCCCAACGGAGGGUUGUUUCCAUAUCGACAGGGAUCGCACAGCAUGGGUUCAGGGCCGCGAGAAGACGCGACGGAAGGCAAACGCUGCCUGUCUGGAACGCGAGCAGCAUCGGAAGGGAUCUGGGUCACUUGCUGCUCUUUGGUCACGGCCAGCAACGGCAGGCUCAUCAUGUGCUGACCGUGACGCCCUUAGAACUCGCCAUGCCGCCACAGCCAGCCGCGGGACGACCAGAGAAAACUCCGAGUUGGAGUGCAGUCUUGGCUCAAGCCGCCAUCAGUACGCCGCCAGCUUGGUCACAAAUGGGGCGCAGCGCGGGGAGCCUUCCGUCCGCUGCGCAGUACGGGAGGGACAGUGCGCGCUGUUGAGCAGGAGCGCCAGGUUUGAGGUGCAGUCGUCGGGGGAGCCCAUCGCCACAAGCAGCUAUCGUCCAGUGCUGCAAGAGACUUCCUCGUGCGCCGGCCGCAACGCCCACGACACCCACGCCGGCAGGCCCUCCCCCACUGCCACAAACCCCCUUCGUGCAAACAGGCUGCCCACUGCCACAGACAGCCCUCACCCUGUGCUGGUCACCAGGACGAUCAGGAGCCGAUUGCAAGAGUCCUCGCGCGCUGACCGCGACGCCUACAACAGCCCCCGCACAAUCGGCCCCAGUGCCAUCGCCGGCGGCCCCAAGUCGGACUGCGGUCUUGGCCCAGCCCGCCAUCAGCACGCCGGCAGCAACGAGGCGCAGCCCGGGCAGCCUUCCGUCCACCGCGCAGAGGGACCAUCAUGCGGGGGCGCCAGGUUUGGGGUUCAGCGCACUGCCACGAAGAGCGUCCUGAUGAGGAGCGCAGUCCAAGGAUCACAAGGCACUGGCGUCCACGACGCGCGCCAUGCAGACAAGCCUUCCGCCGCUGCCGCGACUCGCCCCACUUUCGACCCCUCAGAGCACGAGCGCGUUGCCGCCAGCUUGAGCAACGACGAGGCGCGGUGUGCGCAGCGCCCCGCACGUGAGGGCCGUUGCGCGCCGUCAGACAACCUCCGACCGGGGCGGUUUCCUGCCACGAGCAGCCGUCGUACGGCGCUCAGCAAAUCGCAAGGAUCAACGUGCACUGACCGCGACGCCCACAACAUGCGCCACGCCGCCGGCAGCCCCUCCACAACCGCCACAGCCAGCCCCCGUGCGUCCGGUGACAACUCCGAGUCGGAGUGCUGUCUUCGCGCGGGCCGCCAUCAGAGUGCCGCCAGCUUGGUCACCGACGGGGCGCAGCGCUGGCAGCGCGCUGAACGGGAGGGACAGUGCGUGCUGUCGAGCCGGAGCGCCAGGGUUGGGGCUCAGUCGUCGAGGCAGCCCACUGCCACAAGCAGCCAUCAUCCGUUGUUGGUGAGGAGCGGACUGCAAGGAUUUCCAGCCUACGGAUGCGGGUCGGACAAGGUCUUCUACUCUUCGGCACCAAAGAGCAGGGCACUGAUAGCGACGCAACUGAUGAUCGGGGGCGUGGAGAGCAACCCGGGGUGGCCCACACACGAUCCCGACGCCCCGAGCAGCUCAUGCGGGCGGCCCCUUAUUCACCUCCCGACCACGGAGGAGGUUCAGAAGAGCGUCAGGUCAAAGCCAGUCAGCACCGAGCCGUUCGAUGCGUGGCGAGCAAGCCAAUUGAACCCAAACUGGGUGGCAGAGGUGAUGGCCCGAUCCCCAGUUCAACCUGCUCAACCCCAGUUGAAGGACCCGCCGACAGCGCCAAGCGCCUCGAACCCCCCCGCUUGCAUGAACCAUCGAAACAGCCACGGCCAGGAUAGAUCCCUUGGGUCGUUGCAUGUGCCCCUCUUGUAG